AGCUUGUUUUCCCGGCACCGCUGAUGGUGUAGGGGAAGCUGUGGGGCCGGCAUGGCCAAGGACUUCAGCCCUGACCCUGUCAAUGAGUGACAGCCGGAGCUGCCAGGGCCUCACCAUGUUAAUGAUUGUGGGGGCAGCUGGCCAAGAGCCCCCAGGCACAGGGCAAGUGCGGACACCAGCCUCCUGCCCACUGCAGUCUGGCACAGGGCUCUGUGGGUGCCACUGGCUGCACCCCCCCUGGCCAGAAAGGUGUCCAGGCCCUGCAGAGGCAGGACAUGUCACCUGCUGUGGCAUCUCCUUGGUAUUCAUCUCCAUCAGUUUGUGACUCAGUGGAGGUUCAGUGAUGCUCCAGCAGUGGCAGGAAUGUCCACAAGCUUUCCCUGAGCACCCUGGGGUACCUACCCAAUGGACCUCCCCUUGCUCCCCUCAUACAAUUGGAUCUGGCUCGUCCAUGACGAUAGGUCCUGUGAGUGCCCAAUCCUGGAGAAACAGGGAUGUGGCAGUGGUCUGGCCCCGCCAUGGCCCCCUCCACGCACAGGCACCAGGCUGGAGGGGCCUUUGUCCCCUGGCUCUCCCUGGGGUGGACGCGGAGGCGAGAUGGCCGGGCACCUUGUGGGUGGAUGGAAACUUGGCCAGAAGUGCGUAAACAGCGGGUAAUGAUAAACAGCGUCAAGGAGGUGGUGACGGCAACACCGGUGUCACUCCGCUCCUGCCCACCCCGGCAUCGCACGUGCUGGGGAGACGUGGGCUCUGCCCCACACAGUCCUCGCCGCGCUGCCAAUGGCUCUGUGCGCAGCUGUUGGCAUGGGCUGAGCCGGGUCGCGUGCCACCAUCAGCACCACGACAAGACACAGGGACCAGGCUGGUGCUGACGUAACCCACCACCAGCGCCCCGGUGGCGAGGACAGCCCGUGCCCUGGGCAGAGCCGGGCCCCUGGCAGCUGAAGCUCGAUGACUCCAUGGAUGGUGGAUGUGUGUGUGGCCUCAGCUCCAAUGUGGGACACCCCAGCAGCGCCAGCGCCGAGCCCUUCUCCUCCUCCUCUUCCUCUCAAGCAGGGGAUGAAGCAAACAGCACUAAGCUAUGGAGAGCUGAGGCUGCUCUGGCAUCAACCCCUUGGACACUGGGCUCCAGCACCAAUCCAGCUUCGCUCCCCACUGCACUGGCUGCCACUCGCCCACAGGCAAUGCCAAGCCUCGGGUGAGCGAGGCGGGAUGCGCCGGUGGCACGGUACCCUGGGGGCGCGUGCCCCAUCCUGCCCCAGGGCCACGGCUGACGCGGGAUGCUGCGGGGUUACCCAUUAACUGCAGGAAUUUCUGGGGAGGAGGCCACUUUGCUGGAGGGACGCGCGGAUGUGGCAUGUGGACAUGGUGCUGCCCUGAGUGCUCGGCCAGCCCCAGACUCAUCAGGAGCGAUGCUGCCCUACCGGAGGGAGAGCCCGGCCCUGCCCCGCUGCCCGGUGCGGGGAGGAAGGGUAGUGCAUGGGCCACAGUUCGCCUACUGCCCCAGCCCCCCAGCUCUGCACCGGCUGCCGGGCGCCCACACCUGCCCCUUCACCGUCAGCGCGGUGCCUUGCCCUGACUAUGGCUUCCCCUGCCCCGGCUCCCCGGGGCGCCUGGGCGAGGGCAGGGAGCGCUACGAGCUGGACGCGCUGCCCUGGCAGGGGCCCCGGCUGGGCUUGGACGAGCUGCAGAAGCCAGAGCUGGGGUGCUGGGCCAGGGUCCAGUCCAUCUGUGUCUCCCUUCUCAAGGUGCCCCUGAUGUUUGGAUUCCUGUACCUCUUUGUGUGCUCCCUGGACGUGCUCAGCUCUGCCUUCCAGCUGGCUGGAGGAAAGGUGGCCGGGGACAUCUUCAAGGAUAAUGCCAUCCUCUCCAACCCAGUGGCUGGGCUGGUGGUGGGCAUUCUGGUAACUGUGCUGGUGCAGAGUUCCUCUACCUCCACCUCCAUUAUUGUCAGCAUGGUCUCCUCAGGGCUGCUGGAGGUGCGCUCUGCCAUCCCCAUCAUCAUGGGCUCCAACAUCGGCACCUCUGUCACCAACACCAUUGUGGCCCUCAUGCAGGCUGGCGACCGCAGUGAGUUCAAACGGGCCUUCGCCGGUGCCACAGUCCAUGACUGCUUCAACUGGCUGUCGGUGCUGGUCCUGCUGCCACUGGAGGUGGUGAGCGGGUACUUGCACCACGUCACCCGCCUGGUCGUAGCCACCUUCAACAUCCGCAGUGGGAAGGAUGCCCCUGACCUGCUGAAGAUCAUCACGGAGCCCUUCACAAAACUCAUCAUCCAGCUGGACAAGUCGGUGAUCACGGGCAUCGCAACAGGGGACGAGAGCCUGCGCAACAGGAGCCUCAUCCGCGUCUGGUGUGGUCCUGCACCCCCACAGAUGGCUGCUGUGGCACUUGUGCCCCCCCUGAACUGCACGGCCCCAGGGCACUGCAGCACUAAGGGCAUCGAGAGCCUCCACAAUGUCACCAGGCAGAAGUGUGAGCAUCUCUUCACCGACACGCCGCUGCCCGACCUGGCCGUGGGGCUGGUGCUGCUGGCCGGGUCCCUCGUCGUGCUCUGCACCUGCCUUAUCCUCCUGGUCAAAAUCCUCAACUCCCUGCUCAAGGGGCAAGUGGCCAAAGCCAUCCAGAAAGUCAUCAACACUGACCUCCCGCACCCGUUCAGCUGGCUCACUGGGUACUUCGCCAUGGUGGUGGGUGCUGGGAUGACUUUUGUGGUGCAGAGCAGCUCUGUCUUCACCUCGGCCAUCACACCCCUGAUCGGCCUGGGGGUGAUCAGCAUUGAGCGUGCCUAUCCUCUGACACUGGGCUCCAACAUUGGCACCACCACCACUGCCAUCCUGGCCGCCCUGGCCAGCCCAGGGGACAAGCUGGCCAGUUCCUUCCAGAUUGCUCUCUGCCACUUCUUCUUCAACAUCUCCGGCAUCCUGCUGUGGUACCCGCUGCCCUUCACCCGCCUGCCCAUCCGCAUGGCCAAGGCACUGGGCGAGCGCACGGCCAAGUACCGCUGGUUUGCCGUGCUGUACCUCAUCGUCUGCUUCCUCCUGCUGCCCUCCCUCAUCUUCGGCAUCUCCAUGGCAGGCUGGCGGGUGCUGGUGGGGGUGGGCGCACCCUUCCUCAGCCUCCUCUUCUUCGUGGGGCUGGUGAACGCCCUGCAGGCACGCAGCCCCGGCCGCCUGCCCAAAUGGCUGCAGACCUGGGACUUCCUCCCCGCCUGGAUGCACUCGCUGCAGCCCCUCGACCGGCUCAUCACCCGGGCCACCCUCUGCUGCACUGACCGCUGCCGCAGCCCCGAGGGCUGGGAGGAGCGCGAGGGUCCUCCCCGUGACAAGGCCAGGCUGGGGCUGGACAACCCCGCGCUCUCCUACCCCGAGGAGGUGCCUGGCCCCACCGUCCGGGUGGGCUCCCCUCGCCCACCCCUACACAGUGCCACCCGGCUCUAGCCAGCACAGGACACCGGGGCCACCGCUCCCAUGGCCACCUGGUUUUUUCCAUCCCCACUCAGCUGGUGUCUAAUAAACGCCGAGUGCCCGUG